AUGGCCGCCGCAACACCAGCUGACUCCGUCUCUGAGACACAGUACAGUACCAGAGACCCUAGAAUACAGUAUACUGUACUAGAGGAUAUGAAUGUCCAAGAUAAAAUGGAAACUCCAUUGUCUCCAACGGAUCUUUGCAAGCCUUACGCUGUUGUUGCUGAAUUACCUUAUCCUGAUCAUAAUUAUGGCCAGAAACAACCUGUACGACAACAAACUUCACCACAAGCGUCAGAUACUGGUGUCACAAGGUGUAUAUGUGGUAUGGAACACGAUGAUGGCUACAUGAUCUGUUGUGAUAAAUGCGGUGUUUGGCAACAUUUAUUAUGUAUGGGAAUCCAUAGUGAUGACAUACCUGAACUUUACUUUUGUGAACAAUGCCAUCCUAGGCCUGUUGAUGCUGAGCGUGCUAAAGUAGCACAGUUGAAAAAGUUAGAAGAAAUGAAAGAAGAAGAUGCAGAAGACGAUGAUGACGAUGAUGGCGAUCAUAAGAAGGGCAUGAUAGAUCUGAAAAAGAAGAAACAGACAAAAGGCAAGCAGCCUAAACUAAAGCCUCAGGGAAUUCAGAAACGAAGCAAAUUAAAGGAACAUUCAACCAGUGAAAAUCCUUAUCUCGUUGCCAAGCAAAAGUGGAGAAAUUAUUAUAGGAAAAAAUAUGAGUUGACUGAUGAAUCCAAAUACGAUCAAAAUUUAUUAGAAACUCCAAUUUUCUACCGAAAUUCCAUUUCCAAAGAUUCGUUAAAAUUCCUGGAUGAAGUGACUAUCGCCGCAUCGAUUGGAAAACAUAUGAAGGCCUUAUUUGCUAAUCGAGAUAUUCUGCAAGAGCAAAUUGUUAUCGUAUAUCAGGGUCAUUACUAUUCAGAAAAAAAAUUUAAAGAAGCGAACUCCGAAUUAAUCGGAGCUUGUCCCUUUAUCUUAACCUACGCGCUUGACGAGAGUGAAAAUGAUAUUAGUAUUGAUCUAAGAAAAUACUCCAAUAAAGCUCGAUUCAUUCGUCGAUCCUGUCGUCCGAAUUGUGAGCUAUAUCCUAUGGUUAUCGAUAAUCAAAUUCAUAUUUGUGCUUACGCAACUCAACCCAUCAAAGAUAAAACAGAAAUUACAAUUCCUUUCGAUUUUGAUUUUAGCCAUUGUUUGUACGUGGAUUGUGCUUGCGAUACUAAUCAAUGCAAGAUACGAGAAACGCUAAGAAGCAAGUCUCAAGAUGUUAUAAUUUCUCCGGACAGACCCAUUCCUAAACGAGCACAGACAUCAAUUGAUGAAGACACUUCGGAUAUGUAUCAAAUUAAGAGGAAAAAGAGAACAUCAGUGGAAUCAGAAUCUACUGAUGAUGUCGAAAUCACAGUAGACGUUGAUGGUAUUAGUUCUGCUGAUUCUUCUGCUGUACCUUGCAAACCAAAGAAAUUGUCAAGAGAAGAAAUGAAGAUUGCAGCAAUUGUUCAGGCAUUCGAAAGGAUGGAAAAGGGCGAGAAAAGGAAAAGACGCGAAAGCAAGGGUAAUGAAGCUGGACAAAGCGGCAACGAUGAUGAAGAAGUUAGCAUUAAAUUAAAACGGAGUAAGGGCGCUUGUGCAUUUAGAUCUCGGUCACAUAGUCGGACUAAUGCAACGUCCGACAUGUCUGAUGCAACUUCAACUACUUCUACCGCGCCUACAUCUCCAACGGAAUCAGCACCAUUUUUAUAUGAUGAUAUCUAUGCAGUAGCCUUAACGGAGACAAAACAAAAUCUUGUGGAUUGUGGUAUUUCCGUCGAUACUGAAAUACCCCCGAGAAAGCGAUUACUACUGGAAUAUCAAGAGGUUACGAAGGGAAAAGACAAUAAGGAAAAUGGUGAUAAUAUCAUCAAUGUUAUGAAAGAUCUUAGCGAUGGCUAUGGUUGUUACAAGAAGAGGUGGAUAUUAACAAGAAAAUUGGAGGAUUACUUGAACUCGUCAAGCAAGCUAGCAGACUGUUCGAAUCAAAGCGAUACAUAUAAUCGUUCUCCAGAUACUUUCCCAAUUAUUAAACGAAGAGCUGAUUACAAGCCUUCUCAAACUAAGAAAAUCGAUCCUUUGCCAUUUAGGAAAAGACCCUAUUAUCGUAAUUUAAAGAUUCCUCCUAAAAUUGAAUUGACUGCGGCUACUCCAUCUACCGCUACACCAUCUCAAACAUCAUCUUCCGGACGAAGGAAGGUUAGCCUUCUUGAAUAUCGUAAUCGAAGAAUCAAUGCUGAUUCCAGAAGAGUAUCUGAAGCUGGAUCGAAUUCCUCAACUCCAAUUUCAACACCUACGACUUCGUUUAAUUCUCCAUUCUUUAAACAAACUGGCAGUCCAUUUGAACCGGUCAGCCCAGUUGGAUCCCCAUCAGUUGGUGGUACUAGCGGGAUAUCCUUUAAAUUACCUCAGGGUCAUUCGCGAAACUUAAGUGUCGGAGGAAACAAAAGUAAUGCUAGGUCGUUCUCCUCUCCCUUAACCUAA